CUGGAAAGAAGGCAAUCACUUCCAAGAUGAUCUACAGGCACAAGUAUGGACCUGAAGGGGAGCUGAUCCGCUACAAGUCUAGGCUUGUGGCACGGGGGUUUCAGCAGACAAAGGGGAAGGACUAUGAUGAGGUGUUUGCUCCUGUGGGGAAAGGAACAACACUGAGGGUGCUGUUGGCGAUAGCUGCACUCCUGGGAUGGAAGAUUCGGCAGAUGGAUAUUGUGACUGCCUUUCUGAAUGGGAUCAUUAUGGAGGAGGUGUACAUGAAGCAGCCAGAGGGGCUGGAUGACGGGAGCGGCAGGGUCUGCAGGCUGAAGAAGGCCAUCUAUGGCCUUAAGCAGGCGCCUCGUGCAUGGUAUCACAAGUUGGAGGAGGCGCUGCUGGCUGGGGGUUUUAAGAAGAGUGAGUGUGACCCCAGCCUGUUCCUGCUGCAGGAGAAGGAUGAAAUCCUCAUGCUCCUGGUGUACGUGAAUGAUAUCCUUCUCUUCUCUGCAUCAACUGCUUUGCUGGACAGCGCAGAGCAGAUGCUGGAGAUGCAGUUCAAGUGCUCCAAGAUGGGUGAGGUGAAGUACUACUUGGGGAUGCAUGUGGAGAGAGAUGUGGAAAAGGGUGUGCUGAGGUUGCACCAAAGGAAGUACUGUGAGGGGCUGGCUGAGAAGUAUGGGCUGCAAGAUGGGGGAAAGCCAGCAACACCACUACCUUUAGGGUUUACUGUGGAGCCAUGUGCUGAUGAGGAGGUAGUGGGAGGUGGUGCUGUGAGCUGGCGCAGCAAGAAGCAGAAUGAGGUGGGAUUGUCCUCAUGUGAGACUGAGUACAUGGCCUUACACCAUUGGGUCAAGGAAGUGGUGUGGCUGAGGCGCUUGUUGGAGGAGUUGGGAGUUGGUCAGGAGGAGCCGACAGUUGUGUUCUGUAACAAUGAGUCUGCAGUGAAGCUAGCCAAGAAUGCUUGUCUGCAUGGGCUAACAAAAGUCAUAAGGCCUAAGUGGCAUUGGGUGAGGAGAAUCCUUGAUAAGGAGGUGCGGCUAGAGAUAGUGAAGACCCAUCAGCAGGCAGCAGAUAUUUUCACUAAGCGUCUCGCGGAGGCGGAUCAUUGGAAGGGCAUGAAGCUUGCUGGGAUGAGUGUGCAUUGAGUAUGCAUGCUUGAGAUGUUGGUAUGGUGGAUGAUGGUUGGCAGCCAGAGAGGGAGAUUGUUGUGUGAUGUCAUCAUAUGCUAUCACAUUCUGUCUGCCUCCCAUCUCUUGUUUCAAUUCGUAUGUAUGGUUUGACUCUGUG